AUGGGAUUAAAGGAUGUUGUCUUUGAUAAGGGUGUUGAGGUCGUCCAGGAUGUAUUGGGACUCGGUGGUGAAACCAACAAUGCCAAUUCAAACGACAGGGCUCCCUCUGAACAAAGACAGAAUGCAAGAGAUAAUAAGACCUACAACAAUAUCAUAAGUAGCCAGAACAACAACAACAAAGAGGUCAUCGAGAAUGGAUACGACUCAAACAGCAACGAUGGUGUCCUCCAAGGUGGUGAACAAGAUAAUAAUCAAUACUCCAACCAAUACUCUAGCACCAAUGAAUCCUAUUCCAAGUACACCUAA